UCCAAGCCUGAGAGUCCGAUGUAUAGUACAGUUAGUACUACCGAGUUAAGUAGGUAACAUGACCCCCAUCAGCGUAUGAUACAUGCCCUCGCUACUGCCACCAUCAUCUAUCAGGAUUCAGGCCCAGGGGAAAUAAGGCCACCCUUUUCCAAGUCAUAUGGCUAAUUUCAGACUACCCUGAGUCUCUCUUUCCUAGACGAGUUGCUCAGGCUAUGUUUCUUUGUCAAACCCUCGAGAUGGUAUAAUCGUCUACAUAUACAUAUCCUGAAGGUGUGUUGUUAUCGAGUGACAGAUGACGGUUAUGGUGUUGAUCCUACAUGUCACCUUCAUGGACAUACUGUCAUGUCAAUCUAGCGCCACGGUGCAGUUGAUUGGGCCUUUAGGAAGGUAUGGUUCAUUAUCGCAUGAACAAGCAGAAACACAUGCCUUGGCCGCCUCUCCAUGUGACGUCCCGUCGUCUAUAAUGCCUAACAAUUAUCUUGGGUCUUUGGGUGGCCCCGGUCACCAUGGCAAAGCAAGAUGAAAGAUACGCUGAGCAGAAGAAAUAGUAUACGGUCACAUAACUUAUUGACCGCAGUGCGUGAUUGUACCAAAUAUGUGUUCUUACUUCUUCUGAGCAGGUCGGCUGCGGUGGUGCACCGAAUGAAGGGGUUAAUAGUGUACGAAGCUAGAACGGAGUGAGUCUCAGCGUGAUGUUAGGACAACGCUGAGGUGAGACGACGUGAGGAAGCGGACUGACGUCAUGCGUCAUACAGCCAUACGAGCAAGGAGCGGGCUGUCGUCCAGCCAACAAAUAGGUGUUCACAAGGGGAGAGGGCGUUGAUGGG